AUGCCGAGAUUGCUGGAUUUUCCAAUGGUUGUUGGUGCAUUGGUUCUGUUUGCGGUUGGGUGUUGCAAUGGUGAUCAAGAACAUGAUCAAGACUCAUCAAAGAAGAAGAGGAUUAGCAAGGCUUGUACUGAGCCUCCCAAUUAUAACACUUAUGACGACUAUUAUGGUUCUGAGAAGAAGAGUUCGUCCACUAAUGGAAGUUCUAGCUCUAGCAACACCAUGAAUUAUCUGGCUUAUUUUGCUGCUAAUAAUGCUCUUUCUGCUGUUGGUGGUGGUGGUGGUGGUGAUGUUGGUUCUGUAUUGAUCCUGUUUGCGGUUGGAUGUUGCAAUGGUGAUCAAGAACGUGAUCAAGACUCAUCAAAGAAGAAGAGGAUUAGCAAGGCUUGUACUGAGCCUCCCAAUUAUAACACUUAUGACGACUAUUAUGGUUCUGAGAAGAAGAGUUCGUCCACUGAUGGAAGUUGUAGCUCUAGCAACACCAUGAAUUAUCUGGCUUAUUUUGCUGCUAAUAAUGCUCUUUCUGCUGUUGGUGGUGGUGGUGGUGAUGGUGACAGGGGCCAUCAUCAUCACCAUCACGGCCGCCACGACCACCAUCAUCAUGGCCAUCACCACCACCACCAUCAUGUUAGAUAA